AGAUUAUUACUCUUGAAACUCGGUGUUCCAGCGGUGGUUUUGUUCAUUACUUUAGUUACUAUUACCACGUGAAAAUGUUUCUCGCAACGCUGACCGGCGCGUCGCGAGCGUAUUCGCCGUUGUUGUUGACCAGGCCUUGCUCAACGAUCGCCCACACCUUGAGCGUGAAAGAUCGGAUCAAAUCUAGCAAGGAAGCAGCACUUCAGGGUGGUGGUCCGAAACGUAUCGAAGCUCAACAUAAAAAGGGUAAACUCACCGCUCGAGAGCGUAUCUUGUUGCUUUGUGAUCCAAACACGUUCUCGGAGUAUGAUCAGUUUGCGGAGCAUCGUUGCAGCGACUUCGGUAUGGAGAAGAAGAAGAUCUCUGGAGAUUCCGUUGUCACGGGUCACGGGAAGAUUAACGGAAGGACAGCGUAUAUCUUCAGUCAAGAUUUCACAGUAUUCGGGGGUAGCUUAUCCUCCAUUCACGCGCAGAAGAUUUGCAAGAUAAUGGACCAAGCCAUGUUGGUCGGAGCCCCGGUCAUUGGUCUUAAUGACUCUGGCGGGGCCCGAAUCCAGGAAGGAGUGGAAUCCCUUGCCGGUUAUGCCGACAUUUUCCAAAGGAACGUGAUGAGCUCGGGAGUCGUUCCGCAGAUCUCUUUGAUUAUGGGACCCUGUGCUGGAGGCGCCGUUUAUUCCCCGGCGCUGACGGAUUUCACCUUCAUGGUCCGGGAUUCCUCCUAUCUUUUCAUUACUGGACCAGAUGUUGUAAAGGCUGUCACGAACGAGGAUGUGUCACAGGAAGAGCUCGGAGGAGCUAAAACGCACACUUCAGUCUCCGGUGUAGCUCAUGGCGCCUUUGAUAAUGACGUCGACGCCCUAAUGAGCAUGAGGACGUUUUUCAGCUAUUUGCCACUGUCUAACCGAGAUCCGGCUCCGAUUCGCCAGUGUGACGAUCCUUGGAAUCGAGAUGUGAUUGGGCUGGACACUGUUGUGCCUUUGGAGACCACCUCAGCGUAUAACAUGCUCGAUGUCAUCCAAGCCGUGGUUGACGAAUCCGAAUUCUUUGAAAUCCAGGCGAAUUAUGCGAAGAACAUCAUCGUUGGGUUUGCGAGGCUGAACGGACGCACCGUUGGAGUCGUUGGCAAUCAGCCCAAAGUCGCUGCUGGCUGCCUGGACAUCAACUCGUCCGUGAAAGGAGCUCGCUUUGUCCGGUUCUGUGACGCGUUCAACAUCCCCAUCAUCACUUUCGUGGAUGUGCCUGGAUUCCUUCCGGGUACGGCCCAAGAAUAUGGCGGCAUCAUUCGUCAUGGUGCCAAGCUGUUGUAUGCGUACGCGGAAGCGACAGUGCCAAAGAUCACGGUCAUCACGAGGAAGGCGUAUGGUGGAGCCUAUGACGUUAUGUCGAGCAAGCAUUUGCGAGGCGACAUGAAUUAUGCCUGGCCCACUGCCGAGGUUGCAGUUAUGGGAGCGAAGGGAGCUGUGAAGAUUUUGUUUGGCGGCAAGUCUGCUGAUGAAGUUGCGAAGGCGGAACAGGAGUAUAUGGACAAGUUUGGCAACCCUUUCCCUGCUGCUGUUCGAGGGUUCGUGGAUGACAUUAUUGAGCCGAGGACGACGAGACGCCGAUUGUGUCUGGAUCUAGAUAUCUUGGACAGGAAGAAAUUGUCGAAUCCCCCCAAGAAACACGGCAAUAUUCCUUUGUAAACUCAUUGAAGGGGAAAAUUUUUGACCUGGGUCAUGAUUCAUCAUUUUAUUGCGUUAUGCAAAUGGAUAACGUCAUUGUGUCUGUUAACUUCUUUUUUUUUUUUUAAAUCUCAUGAUAGAAUCUUGGCGUAACCCGCGGGAAAUAAAAAUCAAAAGAAAUUAUUUGUGAGCAAGUCUUCGUGUUUUUUGCAGAGAAGUGACGGGAUUUUUGUUGUGUUGGCGAAGUGUUGGUUUUCUUUCGAUCAUUGCAUUCAGCCUUAUUGAGGCAACUUUCAGGUUGCCCAGAGUCAGAUAAAGGCUUGUAAGAGUUCA